AUCGGGGUUGUAACAAAAGAGACGUCAAUAUAGCGCUACUCCGCUUAGUUCGUCGCAUAAAAUGUUUAGUGAUGAAACUCAAUUUGGUUAUUUUCCUAAUAUUUUGAUCGAUAUUUUUUAUAAGUAGUCACUUUCCAAGAUGUAUGUCGUCCAAAAGUGUCCUUAAUAACAAAUACUGAAUCACCCAUGAGUUGCGAAGUUUAUAUGUGAAAAAAAUAAGCCAGUAUGAGUGGUGCCCUGAGCGCACUCGGCAGUGGCGAAGCAUGCGGCGCCCGAUGGACUCUCGGAGCACUGCUACUGGCGCCUUUAGCUGCUGCCAAUUCCAGUUAUUGCGCUGUCCCCGCUGUGAUACUGCUUGCUGCCUUCAUUGUUGUUGCCAACUUCACUUGUAAAGACUUAAAGAAAAUUGCCGAAAUCCUACCACCACCAAAAACGGCGAGAGGACGACGAGAAAGAAAUAUACGUUCUUUUGCCGAUUUUAUGGCGAUGUGGAUGUCUUUUCUGUCGCAUUUAGUCGCAGUGGCUAUCUGUGCCAGGAUACUGAGUGCCACAGCAGAUCACGUCACUGGUGGCCGAACCAGAAGAUGGCUAUUUGGAUACGAAACCAGAGCUCUAGGGGAACCCUGGCCUGAUGUUUUAGGUGUAACGGUUGUUAUGGUGGUGUGCGCAAUGUUCAUGUGCGGUCUUGAGGAAAGUAUGAUGUUCACAUUUAUGCUGCUGAUUCUCUUGUACACAUUCAGUCAAUUUUUCGCAAUUGUCGGUCUUAUGAAUUUGGACAUUACUAAUAUUAAUAUGCCUAUACCCAUUACAAUUUAUGAGUUAUUUGCCGCUGGAGCACCGAUUACAUACGCUUUUAGUGUUAUCUUACCAUCUAAAGAGAAUGGAAGCGUAAAGAAAAAUUUAUUACUCCGAGUUGGUUUACCUAUGGUUGUCUUAUCGGGCUUAUGUUUCCUAUAUGCUAAUAUGCUGAAAGGCACCACUAUUGACGCCACAUUGCCUGUAACUACCCUUCUGGAAGCAAGGGCAUCCGGAUGGGUAUGCCCAAUAUUAGCCGCUGUCACCGUAGCGGGGGUUUGCCUCGCACUGACCGAGCUUUGUCCUCUACUCUUUAGUGUGCUUGUUGCAUUAGCAUCACCAGAGUGGAAAGUGCUAACAAGGUCAAUGACAUACGAGAGUACCACUACUGGUAGUCCGGUGUUGGCUGUGUUUACUGCUGGGAGUUUGGCAGCGAUACUAGCAUUUGCAUGUCCAUUGUCUCACAUGAUCACGUUGAUGAAUGCUAGCCAUCUACUCGGUAUCUCAGUACAGGCCUUCCACUUUAUGAUUAUGCGUUGCGUGCCUACUGCAGAACAGAAGGAAGCUGGUGAUGUAGAAUAUAAACGCUUAGGUAUUCAAGGAACAUCAAAGGCCACGAAAUCCUCUGGAGGAAAAAUCAAACGAGGUUUAUGGUUCAUACCUUCAGCCAUACGUCACACUAAAACUUUGGAAAGUAUAAAGUCCAAAGUGACUGCUACAAAAGAAACAGAGGAGCGAGAAUGUCUUCUUCUCGAUGAAUACGCGGGAUGUGCAACAGAAGAUGUAGAUCAAAUAACAGGUUGUAGCAGUGGAGCAAGAGAUAUAGCCUUAUCUGAAGUGGCAGACGUCGCCUCUGAUAUUGAAGCUAGCGAUCAGGAAAUAUCAUCAGGAGACGAUUCUACCGACAUAGACGCUGUGGUUAAGGAAUACAGAGAUAGAGUCCAAGUGAUAACUGCGACUCCUGAAGCUAGCACGCCAUCACCGCCGAGCGUGCGUGGAGCGCAGUGGUCGGGAGCAGGCGCUGCGGCCCAACUUGUAGCCGAUGCAUUCAUCGCCGUUGCCUUCUUCAAUGAAACUAUUAGAAUCUACAUGUUUGCUACUGGAAUACCACUAUGGAUCUGUGGGACCCUCAUCUGCGCCUGUCAGCCGGCACACAACUUGAGUUCGAGAAAGACUCAAAGCGUGGAAGGGCCUUUCACGUUGUUGGUGGCUACACUAUUUCUCACGCCAUUAUUAUUAGAUUCAUGGCCGGCCAUUACUCUAUUUGCUGGUGCUGGUGUAGUAAUUUACGCUCGUUGCGAGAGAUGGUGUGGCGACUUAGCGGUGCAACAAGCCCGCACCGCAAUGGAGAGACGCAAACUACGUCCAGUUUCUGCAACGGUCCCUCUCACUGGAACACGACUUACACACAUCGAUACAGUUUAUAUCACCAGAUGACAAGAGGAUGACUCGGACACGAGUCUGGACAAUCUAUUAGACGCGGGUGACGAGCAGGACCCUGACGACGAAUGACACGACGUUGACACAAUCGUCAUCAUCGCAUCUCAUCAGUAACAAUUUUAUUAGGUAAUUGCAUUAAUGAGAACUGCAAUCAUGAUUCUGGUGUAAAUUGAUAUUGUUAUUUCAAAGUAUAUAAUAUUAACAAGUUAUGUUUCGAAGAGAGAAUGACCGUUAUAAACCUAUUUUGAAGAAAUAAAUAGUAAAUGGACUUUUACGUACGAGGUACGACUGCGUAAUGCACAUUUACACGAUUUCUGGCCACAGGAAAUGUGAACUUUAUUAUUUUAAUUAUAGGAUUUUAAUCGUUGAAAGACAUUAGUGCCAUUGAUUUUGUCGCAAUAAGAUUGUUAAAGUCGUGAUAUAAUUAUAUCCCUAGAGAUAUAACUAUACACAAUAACAUAGCUCACGAAAGCGGUUCAUUCCUAUACUACUAGAAAUGGAAAUUAAAAUAUUUUAGGAAUGUAGUUUUAUCACAAUUUUAACUAUCUAACUGCGAGAUUUAUAUAAAUUUUACUUUCUUUAUAAACGUUAAUAAUUUCAAAGACAAUUUAUGAAUGUCUACCUACUUAAUAUAAUUCGACUAGAAAAACAUUUUAUUAGCAAUUAUAUCUACUACUUUUAGACAGCCUGAAAUUACGCGAAAUAUGAUAUUCUUAAAAUACCUUAGAAUUACGUGACGCUAAUAUUUUAUCAAAUACUACUCUCAUGACAUCUCUGUGUGAUUCGAUUUAGCGUUGUUAUAUUCAGUACAAAUACAAUCGUAAUUUAGAACAAGUAGUAAAGUUUUGUCAAAUAAGUAGGUACAUAUAAUUACAAAUUAUAAUGUACUUAAAUGAUAAAUAUUAGUAAGUAUAUUAAAAUCGCAAUAAAAAAUUAAAUAGAGAGUGGAAAAAUGGAAUAUUCCAGAAAAGUGGCUUUCUUAGAUUUAUCCCUAUUUAUGAAACAUUUUAACAUCCGUCCAUAAUACUACCAUUAUCACGCGUCGUCGUAGGGCACUGCUUGGGACAUUUCCAUCUCCUAGAUGAAUUGUCGAAAAUUUUAUGAAAAAAUAAAUAUUUUUAAAUGUUGCUUAAGAAAGAAAAUGCCUUAAUCAAUACUUAAUUAAAAUUUGAAAAUUAUUUUGUGUAAAUACAUUUUGAUACCUAAAUUAAACAUAAGUUGAAUGUUAUAUACUUAGUUAUAUAAUGGUAAGGCCUAAAACAAUAAAAUGUAAUUGUUCA